AUUUGUCCUUCUUAAAUAUUUCACCGCACACUUUAAACAUUUUCUCGUCAUAAAAGGAGGCUUGUGUUUGUGAGAUUUCCCAUCGCAAUUGAAGUUAAACACUUUUAAACCGUUUUAAAAAUGAAUAAUCAAUAUAAUUAUCAAGCCGAUGAUCGGAUUCGUCAGCAACAGGCUAAAGUUCAGGAGGUUGUUGGUAUAAUGAAAGACAAUGUGAAUCUCGUAUUGGAUAGAGAAACUCGUUUAGCAGAAAUCGACACUCGGGCUGAUGAAUUACAAGUUCAAUCCAAACAGUUUCAGGCAGUUGCUGGUCGUGUACGAAGAAAAUACUUUUGGCAAAAUAUGAAGAUGUGGUUUAUUAUUGGAGGAUUAGCUGUUAUAAUUCUUGUGGUUAUUAUUGUUUGGUCCGUAUCUAACAAGCAUAGUUGAAGUAAAAAAUCCCAAAUCUGUUCACGAACUGAAUCUGGAACAUACGAGCUUUGAUUAUGAUUGUUUUAUUUAUUAAAAAAAAUAACUUAUGAUCUCAGAAAGUAUUUUGUAGUAGUUGAAAUGGGAGAUAAAUGCAAAUUGUCGAUCUUCAA